GGGGCUUUCCACGAGGCUCACCUGAGUACAAGCAGUUUUGCAGGCAUGAGAAAUCACAGUGAGAGCAACGCUUUUUCACCAUAUGUUAAUGUGAAGAGUAAACAGUAAAUGGUUAAUCUUACUGCGAUCUGGUUCUUAUUAACUGUGGUUUAUCCGGACGUUAAAUUCGGCGUUUCGUUACACCCGAAGGAGAACGUUACAGUGAAAAAGCGGCAUUAUCAGGUGUUUCAAGUGCUGCAAUGUCAGCUCAAUCCAGCAUCAAGUCGACGCCGCCCAGCGACAAGGGCAGUAAACCGACAUCAAGUAAGCCCACCCAGGCGUUAUCAGGUGUUCCAAGUGCUGCAAUGUCAGCUCGAUCCGGGAUCAAGUCGAUGGCGCCCAGCGACAAGGGCAGUAGAACGACAUCAAGUAAGUCCACACAGGCAAGAGCCAAGGCAGAAGCCGCCAAGGUGCGACUGCAUUACGCCAAACAAGAGGCAGUUUUGAAAAUGAAACUGGCCACCAAAGAAGCCGAAAGGGCCGCCAGACAAAGAGAAGAGGCUGCCAGAGAAGUCGAAAUCCAGAAAGAAAGGGCCGCCAGAGAAGCCGAAACCCAGUUGGAAAUGACAAAAAUAUCGACAGAGUUGCAUGUGCUGCAGCUAGAAGGAGAAGGAGAAGCUGCCAGGAUGGAAGCAGAGUACAUAGAAGAAGCUGAAGGGUCGCGUGAUCUGACCGAAACAAGUUCUGCUUUGGAAAGGACCAGACUGGAACGCACGAGCGACUAUGUACAAUAUCAAGCAGACAGGCAGGCUCGUCUCCCCUCUCCAUACCUAUUCGAUAACUUCCCCAGCUACGAGGAAGAGAAUUUACCCUCGCGGCCCCGCGAUGAAGUCAAGAAUGAAAGAGCUGACAACCGAUAUACUUUGACACCAAAGUUACAAAGUUCGAUGCGAAGAGACGCGGAGGUUGAAUCCAGGAUGGCAAAUUCCAUGAGAAACGUGCGUUCUCAGUCAUAUAGGCGCCAACGUACUUCUCCAGCCCGCACGCCGCUUGCAGCCGAUCCCACGCUGCAGUAUUUAGCACGACGGGAUCUCGUCACUUCGGGACUGUACCAGUUUGACGAUAAACCCGAAAAUUACCGUGCUUGGCUCUCCACAUUCACCAACGUGAUUGACGGGGUCCAGCUCAGUGCAACCCAAAGGUUGGACCUUAUGGCGAAAUGGCUGGGAAAAGAAUCACGCGACCAGGUGAGACGCAUGCGUUCAGUGUACAUCAACAAACCUGAGCUAGCCUUAAGCGAAGCGUGGGAGAGACUUUGGGAGAGAUAUGGGGCCCCCGACAUUAUUGAAGCGGCGCUAUAUCGACGUCUGGGAAACUUUCCUAAGGUGUCAGCCAAAGAUCACUUUAAGUUAAGAGAAUUCGGAGAUUUACUCAUGGAGAUCCAAGGCGCCAAAGAAGAUGGCUAUUCGGCUGGUUUAGUUGUUAAGGAGAGAGCACUAUGCGGCAUACAGCAUGCAACAUUCACUAACUACAAGCACUACUACACUACUGCUCCAGACGCUUCUCACACACCCUCUGAGCAAAUACUCUACUCGCACACUGCCAGCUGGCCUUCUCAACAGAGGGUGGAAAGAGGAGCCGAGUGUGUAAGCCUCCUCCUGCCAGUCCAGAGCCUCUCCACCACCAAGACGCCUGCAGUGCCUCCCCAGGGCCACACGCGGAAACUGGGUAUCUUACAGUCCCAGGCUAAACUACAGGGGAUCUCGGAGCAGCAGUGGGCCCCAGAGAUGUGGCGUGCAGGCCCACCACUGUGUGGAUACGCCCUGGCGCCUGUCAACCACUGUCCCAGCUAUGGGUAA